CCCUGGCCCAGCCCCGCCUUAUUAGGCGGGGUGGGGGGAGAAGAGAGAUGGAGGGGGCCGCGACAGGCGUAAUGCUGGGAAGAGGAAGCAGGCAAACGCUCCCAGGCGGCAAUAGCGGAGAGAACAGUGCCUGGAGGGGUCACGAACUCUGACCUUUCGCCAAAGGCACCCGCUUUCCCUUCCCCCACACCAACAUUCCUCCCCCCCCCUCCCGCUCCUACGCUAACCCCUUCGGUGCCGCUAUCUCCGCCUUCCGCUCCCCCCUCCUUGGCGGAAGGCGGCGGCGGCGGCGGCGAGGGGGGGGGCCUAACGAACCAGGCCCAGAGAACCGUUAGGAGGAAGCCACCGUCAAGCUAGUUUGGCGCCAAAUCCUGAGGUUCUCUAAUGAUCUUUCACCAUGGCAACCAAUAUGGAGGUGCUGGCUCAGCAAAUAGUGGAGACACAGCAGGUGGCUGAGGUCCAAACUGUCCAGUCAACCUUAUCUGAAACUCCAGUGAUGACCAGCCCUUCCCAGCGCAUCCAGAUAAUCUCCACAGAUUCCACUGUAUCAUCACCGCAACGUAUUCAGAUUGUCACAGAUCAGCAAACAGGGCAGAAAAUUCAAAUAGUGACAGCAGUGGAUUCAUCAGUAUCCCCAAAGCAACAAUUUAUACUUGCUAGUCCAGAUGGUCCUGGAACAGGGAAAGUAAUACUAGCUGCACCUGAGACUUCUAAUACCAAGCAACUUAUUUUUACUACAACAGAUAAUAUUGUGCCAGGCAGAAUACAGAUUGUCACUGACUCUGCCUCUGUGGAACGUUUAUUAGCUAAAACUGAUGUCCAGCGGCCACAGGUAGUAGAGUACUGUGUUGUCUGUGGAGACAAAGCAUCAGGUCGUCAUUAUGGUGCUGUCAGUUGUGAAGGAUGCAAAGGCUUUUUUAAAAGAAGUGUGAGGAAAAAUCUGACCUAUAGUUGCCGUAGCAACCAGGAUUGUAUCAUCAAUAAACACCACAGGAAUCGUUGCCAGUUUUGUCGGCUCAAAAAAUGUCUUGAGAUGGGAAUGAAAAUGGAAUCUGUACAGAGUGAAAGGAAGCCUUUUGAUGUACAGCGUGAGAAACCAACCAACUGUGCUGCUUCAACAGAAAAAAUAUAUAUUAGAAAGGACUUAAGAAGUCCUCUGAUAGCAACCCCAACAUUUGUUGCAGAUAAAGAUGGGGCUAGAUCAGCCAGUCUUCUUGAUUCAGGGAUGCUUGUAAAUAUUCAGCAGCCUUUAAUACGGGAUGACGGUACAGUGCUACUUGCUACAGAUCCCAAGGCUGAGACAAGCCAAGGUGCUUUGGGAACACUAGCAAAUGUUGUAACAUCACUUGCCAGCCUUAAUGAAUCUCUUAAUAAUGGAGAUACUUCAGAAAUUCCACAAGAAGACCAAUCUGCAAGUGAGAUUACUAGGGCAUUUGAUACUUUGGCUAAAGCACUUAAUACUACAGAUGGUGCCACAGCACAGAACCUAGCUGAUGGGAUAGAUCCUGCCGGUGGUGGAAAUAUUCAUGUCAUCAGUAGGGAUCAGUCCACUCCAAUAAUUGAAGUUGAAGGACCUCUCCUUACAGAUACUCAUGUGACAUUUAAGUUAACCAUGCCUAGCCCAAUGCCAGAGUACCUGAAUGUGCAUUACAUUUGUGAGUCUGCAUCACGGCUACUUUUUCUUUCCAUGCAUUGGGCCAGGUCCAUUCCUGCUUUUCAAGCACUAGGGCAAGACUGUAAUACAAGCCUUGUGCGUGCCUGUUGGAAUGAGCUCUUUACUCUAGGCCUAGCCCAGUGUGCACAGGUGAUGAGCUUGUCAACCAUCUUAGCAGCAAUUGUCAACCAUUUGCAAAACAGCAUACAAGAAGAUAAACUUUCUGGAGAUCGAAUAAAACAAGUGAUGGAGCACAUUUGGAAACUCCAGGAGUUUUGUAACAGUAUGGCUAAACUUGAUAUUGAUGGAUAUGAAUAUGCUUAUCUUAAAGCUAUAGUCCUCUUUAGUCCUGAUCACCCUGGUCUUACAAGUUCCAGCCAAAUUGAGAAAUUCCAGGAGAAAGCUCAAAUGGAGUUGCAAGACUAUAUUCAAAAAACUUAUCCAGAAGAUACUUACAGGCUAGCUCGAGUUCUAGUUCGCCUGCCAGCUCUUAGACUGAUGAGUUCCAGCAUUACAGAAGAACUCUUUUUUACUGGCCUCAUUGGAAAUGUUCCAAUUGACAGCAUCAUCCCCUACAUCCUGAAGAUGGAAUCAGCAGAGUACAACGGUCAAAUAACAGGAUCGUCUUCUUAGAAGGAAUCAGCUCAUCCUGGUGGACCUGAAUGCUAAUUUACUGAUUCCUUGGGAUAAGGUGUAUAAAAUGUUUUCAACACUCUUCAUUUUCUUGUUAAAAAUUCUUUUAUUCAAAAGCAAGGUUAAAAAAAAACCUACAGUACUUUUUUCUAGGACCUGUUUCUGCAAGAACAAAUAUUUGAAUUUCUUUUCCUGAAAGGCUACAGUGAAUUGAUAAAUAUAUCUUUAAUAUGUCUUUUUAUUUAAGCAUUAUCAAUGAGUAUACUAUAGCUUCUCUUAUGACAGAAUGCACAUUAAAAAGAGGUAUAUUCAGAACUUUAGCUUGGAUUCAAAAGGCUCCAAAAUGUCUUCUGGAGCCCAAUCGCAGCCCUUGUUCCCUCCCCCUCUCCCAAAAUGAAAUGCCACUCCAGGACAGCAUGAAGCAUAGCAUGCUAGCUUGUUGGAGGAAAAAAAAAUGUUUACAAGAUUCUUUUGAGCAAAAAGAGGGCUUUGCUGGAAAUGUGCUUUGUAUUCAGUCUAUAUUGUGUGCAUACAUCCUAAUUCACAUACAUGCAGAUAAUUUAAAAUUAGCAAGAUAAUUUGGUCAGCACUUCCAAAGAAGGUUUUAUAAAAGUAAGACAUUACCUUCUUAAUCCUGCUUCCUUGAAUAGGGUAAAUGAAUAGCAUUUUAAUUACAGAUGUAUACUAAUGAUUUCUAUGAAAACUUACAGCCAUGGCAGACAAUCAUUUAUGCUACAAAAUUUUAACUGCAUUUAUUAAUAACAUGAUUCUUUUAAGGAUGUUUGAAUUAAAUUCUGCUAAAUGAAUAGAAAUGUUUAUAGCAUAGGAAAAGCAUAAUGUUUAUGGCUCAACUGUAAACUUUAUAAACUCUAUAGAAGUUAUUUAUACCGAAAAAUAGCACACUAUUUAUAGUGAGGCACUUCUGAGAAUGUUAAGAUGUUUUAUGUUUGUUUGCCAAUAGUUUUUUUUAAAAAAAACAACACCUGGAAUACAUCCAUCAGUUUAAGUAAGAACAACAUGCCUUUUAUGGAUAGAUCAACUUAAAAAACAAAUUUCAUACUCAUUCAUUCUAAGAAUGACUCAUUCCUUCUGGGAAGACUGAUUUUGGCACAGUUCUGAGAUAACUAAAUUAGUGAGGAAUCUAUUCAUUAUUGAGAUGUUGCUUCUCUCUGGCAAAGGAGUCCUAUAACAGUUUGGAGCACUCCAAUAACAAAGUGGUUCAACAUUCUUAAUGAUCUGCCAAAGCAAUCUUAGAAAGACGGGAUGAAAGCAAAAAAGAGCUAUAAUGAAGGAGAAUACACAUGGACCAGGGAUAUCAAACUCAAGGCCCAGGGGGCAGAUCUGGCCCACAGAGUGCUUAGAUCUGGCCCGCAGGGCUGCCCUGGAAAAAGCGAAGGACCGGCCCUUGAUGCCUCUGCCAGCGAAAAGGGAGCUCGGGAAGGCUGUGUGCAGCCCUCCCAAGCUUCGCUUUCACUGGCAGAGGGUUGCUGGAGGCCAUUGCAGCCAGAAACUAGGCUCGCAAGGGCCGUAGCCCACAGAUAGCACUCCUCAGCUCCAUUUUUGCUGGCAGAGGGUUGCAGGAGGCCAUUGCAGCCGAAAUGGAGCUUGGGAGCCCACUUUUGCUGGCAGAGACUUCAGGCGCCCCCGACAUGAGGAUCGUCAAGCUGGCCAUGCCCACCCCGGGCCCCCAACCCUGAUGCAGUCCUCAAUGAAAUCGAGUUUUGACACCUCUGACAUGGACUAACUUCUUUUGAUAUGUGUUCGGUGAUGUAGCAGAGGGUUUGGCUACAACAGAUCCUGGGUUCUGCCUAGCCUGUUCAUCAGAGAAUGGUAUGACAUCAUAGCGGGGAAGCUUCUUAUAGUCCCUGCAAUAGUAUUCCAUGGGACCAUAAAGUUGUAUCCUAAGAGUUCAGAUUCUGAUUCAUUUAUUUUCUCAGCCUGCAAUCCAACUUAGGUUCUGAAACAUAUGCCAUAAUUUCUAUAGAAAUGAUGUCCAUAGUAUAGAAAAAAGAAUAGCCAUGUAUUUAUUUAUAAUAUAUUGUAUCUGUUUUCCCAAUAUUGUAUAUGUUCUGGAAUUAUACAGAAUCGGAUAAGAAACCCCCUGGAGUCAUGAUACUAAAAAUGCCAUGUACAAUGAUCUGUCAAAAUAUUGGCCAAUUCUACUCAUAUACAGUACUGCUUUUAGAUUUCAUAUUAUAUUGCACAAUACUUCUGUAUUUCAAAUCAUAGUUGUAGUUUUUAUUUCAUACAUGUAUCACUUUUUUCAAAUUGACUUUUAUAUGAAAACAUAUUUCAACAAGUAUGUCAUUUAUACGCAUUGUUAAGUUUCAGUGAGCAUUUUAGUAGAGGCAUUUUAUAGCGAAUAUUUUAUAGAUGUUAAUAGAUGCAGGUACCAAUGAAGAAUAAGAAAGGUUAGUGCAAUUUAAUAGAUGAACAGAGUAAUGUAUUACAUAAAUAAUGUAGUCUUACAGGUCUCUUUCUUCAGAAAAUAUCACUGAACUCAGUGUAUGUUUAUACUGCAUAAUUACAAUUCAUUCAACAAAUUCCUAGAUAUGCUCAAAUAUUUUAUAUUUACCAUUUUUUAUUAACUUCAACUUCAUAAAACACUGUUACACAAGCUGAAUUAGUAUACUCCCUGAUUUUGCUUAAAUAGGAGCUUAAUAUAAUUUGCACUAGAAAUACAUUCAGUAGGACUAUGACUAUAGAUGCAUUGGGAAGUACUGGAAAGUUAGCUGUAUGUGUUUUAUAAUAUGUGUAAUACUAUAUUUUUAAAGUAGCAAGAUCAGUUAGAAAUAGAAUUGAGUUUGUCCUGGGUCAUAGAUCAUAAAACUAAUUACAGGCCAAAUUUAUAAAGUUAAAAAACUUGAUGAGGAAAUAUUAAACAACUGAAAUUAUGUUUGAGCUCAAUUUUUAUGAAAUCUGCAGAACAAAUUAUGUACACUAUUUUUAUUGUGAUAAUUUAUAACACUAACAUAUAUUAAUAGAUACUGUUUUAUAUGCAACCCUGGUGACACAUAGAUUUUUAAAACUAUUAGAGUAUAUAUAAUAUUUAAUUAUGCAUAUCUAAUAAAAAUAUAUGCAAUUUGAAUAAUAUAAAAAUAGUAGUUUUAAAAAUAAUUCAGUGGAAAAAGAAGUAAUUUGCUGAAUUUGUACCAGGUUAGAUCCUCCAUAAACCAUUAAUUGGAUAUUAAUUUUGUUGUCUUGUAUUAAGUUGAACAAAACUAGUUUACAUCAUUCGUUUUACAUCAUUCGUUUGGAUCAAGCCAAAAUACAUUUUAAAUAGCACUAUUUUAAUCGCAUUGAGAUGCAAUAUUUCAAUUUUUAUUUACUUCCCAUUUCACCUGGCUGGUGUAUUAUUAUAAAAAUGUUUCUGUAGUUAUUCAUUAUCAUAGCAGAGAUACGUAGUAGAUCUUACAACUACAGUAGGAAUUAUUUUUACGUUUAUGUUUUCACUGCACUCAAGACACCAAGCUUUUUUUUUAGUUUUAAGUUUUUGGGAAGAUACUGUAAUAACUAUUUCAAUCCUUUUAAACUUUUGGUUUUUAUAAGAGUUCUGGAAAGUGUUCAAAGCAAUUAGAAUUUAUACUUCCAAUUUUCAAGGAAAGAAAUGCUGCACAGAAGGGCAUCAGAAAAGAUAUGCAAUAUAGGCCAUCCUUCAUCUUGCGCAACCUGUUGGAAUAUGUUUUCUGAACAUAAAUUUCUUUUUAAAACUGUAAGCAUUACUCUUGCUUAUGUACACACUGAAAAUCUCUCAGUGUGUUUGGAAGAGUUUUGCUUUUCAGAGGGUAGCAGCUACCAGCAUACUACAAGAAACUAUUGAUUUGGGUGCUUGUAGAAAGCAACAUGACUGCACUGAGAAACUACCAUUCAGACAGAAAACAAAAACAUAGUCUUUUGUUUAUCUACAUUAGAAUCCAUUAGGUUCUAUCCAGUAUCACAUAAUAGAAGUUACUGUGCUUCUCUUUUGUUUGCAUUUUCCAGAUCUGCUUUAAAGGUCUGCUAAUCUGCACCAGAUUUACAGAGCUGCUGCGAGUAGAGUAAUUAUCCUUGGGUCAACCGCCUGUUAUCAGUGAAAGCAAUGGAGGUUUACCGAGUUGGUGUUAUAUAAUCCUAACCCUUUGUAAUUUAAGCUUAAAAUAAUUAUUGAAGGAUGUUUUAUCACAAAGUCAUAGCAUUUUUAGAAAUUGUCAGUAAGUGGAAACUUUAAUAUCUGUUUCUCUGAAGGUGGACAUUUGAGAUGAUUACUGUUACCAAGCACACUUAUUUGAAAGCAAGAUCUCUCAGAGUACUGGAAUUUAUCCAUGUUGAGGAUCUGCAUUUAAAAGAUGUCCUGAAUGGACGGUCUGUUGAUAAAUUGGAUUUAAGAAUUUUAAUUUAUUUCAAUGGGCUUGGACAUGCAUGACAAUAAGACUAAAAUCUCCUUGCUAUGGGAGAACUAUAUGGUAACUGACAAACCAUUAAAUAAUAGUUUUCUUGACGAUUCAAUUAAAUAAAAGUGAAUCGUAAUUAAAUAUAAGUAAAAUGAAUUAAAUAAAAGUAAAAAUUUUAAUUUUAAGUAUGUGUCCAUAGGUGGGUUUUAUUAUCAAAAAUAAUUAGAUAUGUCACUUAGAGUUCAGUUUGAAUAUGCCAUAUAACAGGAAAAGAGUUUUUUUUAAAAAAAUCUUUGGAAUGUCAUUUAGAGUUCAGUUCAAAUAUGCCAUAUAACAGGAAAAGAGUUUUUUUUUUAAAAAAAUCUUAGGACUUGACCAAACUCUUAAGCACAAUCAAAAUAGUGCUUUGGAUGCUGGCCAUAUUUAUUUGUUUGUAUGAUGUUAAUGUGUUAGUUUUUAACUUUAUUCAGUACAUGUACAGUGUAAUAUAAAAUGUGUAUGUAUGUAUGUAAAAUUAUGUACAGUCAUACUCAUAUAUACCAAAUUUCUAUAUGUUAAAAAAAGAUUUAUAAUUGCAUUGCAAAGCUUGAGCUUCCUACAUUUUAUAUUUUGUUCAAAGCUUGAAACAAACAUAUGUCUCCCUCUCCUUUUUCUCAGUAGGGUGAGCUAUUGUUUUUAAACCUAGGAUGUAAUUGCACUUUGUCUUAAAUACUGAAAGAAACUAUUGAGCAGUUCCAAUUUUAUUUGUUAAUAUUCAGAAGCCCAGCUGAAAUUAUGGAGAUUGUGCAGUGACGGUGGUGACUAACUGUGGACCAUAAACCUUUCUGUAUAUUCUCAAUGCCUGCAAAAGAAGUUUUUUGUAUUUUUCCUGAGCUUUUCUUUUGUAUAGUUGUCUUUUUCAGCAUAUACAUUUUGAUCAUAGUGUAUUUUAAUGUUAUCAGUACAUCCCUUCCAAGUUGCUAAUUAAAAUGAACAAGGCUGUCACAACAGAUGAAUCUAAUUUUAUAUUGUUAGCUGUCUUAUUUAAGGAACAUAAGGCAAAAACGCUGUGUCAUGAAUGUCACUAACUGAUUCAGAUAUGAUAUCUUCAAAGUAAUCUUUUUCUUUCUUGUGGAGAAACUGGCAAAAUAACCAUCUUAAAUUUAAGGUUUUGAAAAUACAAGUGGUGUAAGAUUCUACCACUUGUGGUAACAUCUUGUACCACUUCAUGCUACCAGUGAAGUCUUGGAGGAUGUUUCAAGUAAGCUCUGAAGGGAACUAGUGCAUCCCAAAUUUUUGGUUUCACUUUCUAUUACCUUGAUUCCUUUCCCGCCUCUAUCUGUAAAAAUUGGGGGGGGGGGGAUGUUGUCAUAUCAUUUGCCCAGAAGUUGCAUGUAAAACAUUCAGUGGUGCUAUACAAUGGGCUCCAUAAAUAUGAUUUUACUAAGAGAGAAGUACUCCUGUAUAUAAGGAUGCAUCUAUAUGUGCUAUAUAAGCUGGGAAAUUGUAUUAUAUGGACAACUGCGUUAUUUAUGUCUUUCUUGAAAAUUCAGGUAGUUUGCAGUGCAUGGAGGGGCAGGGCUUGAUGGGAAACUUACAUGUUUUUUCCUUUUAAAGCAGCUUUUUCCUCCAUGCCUUGCCAACUACUUCCAAGUGUGGUUAAAGAAUAGUGUUAAAAUCCUGCUCUUGGGCAUUUGGGGAUCAAUUUUCAUGGAGCCAAACAGAAAGAUUAUGAAAAUGAACACUGCUGAUAAAGUUAUAUAUAGUGUAGCACUUGCCUAAUUUGACACUUAAAAGACUUGAGUUGUAACUGAAAGUCUAUAAAAAAUACCUAAUGAAGUGGGAUGCAAUUCUGAAGAAUUCCUAAAUAUUUUUGAAUUUAUAUUUUUCUGUUUUCUAAUCUACUAUUUUAAUCAUAUUUUCCUUGUUUUAAAACCAUUUUUGGUUAAAAGCAUUCAUUUUAAAUUGACUGAAAAGGAAAUUCUUUGUUUCAUAGUUAAAAUAAUUGAAUUCAUCAGCCAUUCCAUUUAAAAUUGAACAGAAUUUUUCCAUUUCUAGUUCUCUGAAAGGUUAAGAAAAAUAUAAGUUUUGCUUAUUUGAAAAGCUUGCUUGGAAUAUGUGUAAGAGACAGCAUUUCUCAUUUGCUAGAAGCAGAAAGAAUCCCAAGAAUUGUAGGGAAUCAUCCUGAUAUUGCAGCUCAGACAUGAUAGCUUUAACUUUUUGCCAAACAUAUUUACAAAAUGCAGUAGCAAAAUCAAAUACAUUGUUAGAAGAGUAAAAGUAACUUGGUACUAGAAGUAUGAUACUGAUUUCAUAUUCUAUUCAGUUUAAAAAAAAAAACUAAACCAGCAGUUGGGUAAGUUUUACUUGUGUAUUGUCCAAAAGAUAACAGUAAUCAGUACCUUAUUUUUUGGUAUCCACAGAAUUUAUAUUCUGAAAAGGCUUCCAUAAUUAUGUACUAAGUAUAAUGUAAAGCCAAUGUUCUCAACAGUUUUAUAGUUGAAAAGUAGUACUUACGUUUACAAUUGUAAGCAUUUGAAAACUCCCUCAAGCAUUAAGCUUGUAUGAAAACUAAUGUAUUUGCCAUAAAAAGAAUUGUGAUAAUAUCCAGGGUUAUGUUUUAUAGCUCUGUGCUUUGUACUGUUUAUUAAAAAGUCUACUUUUUUAAGUUCAGGUUUAAAACCUGCUGCUUCCUCUCAGUUUCUUUUGUGAAAUCAGCUUUGGAAAUUUCAUGACAUUUUAAGUUUUUUUUAAUCUAAACUUUUGGAUCCAAUCAAUGUCUUCAGUUUGGAAGAUAAAUUUGCAUUGUUGUGUGUGUAUAUAGAGAAUUGCAGUGCAUGCUUAUGCAUUUUAUUAAAUGCUGUCUAAAUGUGUCCUUACAUUGUUGUGGCUUAAUGUUGCAGUCUACAAGAAAUUUAUACUAUUACAAUAAAUACUCUUAUGCAG